GAGUCAUCUCUAGGAAGUGGGGUGAAAAGGGAAAGAAAAAAAAAAAAAAGUUCGAGGUGUUCCGUGAGCGGCAGAGAGAGCUCAGAGCAGAGUAAGUAGGCAAGGCGGCGGAAAAUAUUCAGAAGAUUAAAAAACCUGCCUGAGUCACUCUGACUGCUGACUUCAGGCUAAAGUUUGCGCACCCGAGAGGAUCCUUGAUAGCCUAGUCUACCUGAAAGCACAAAAAGUACAUAGUUUACUCUCAGGGCUACCUGGCGCAACCUGCAAUAUCUGUAAGAUGUUUUAGAUCAGGUGUAGUAAUUGCACUUUGCCAACUCGUUCUUGGAUACCUGAACAUCUCCAAACAGAGGAUUCUUUUUUUUUUUUCCUUGCUGGUGCCUUUUUACUGCGGGGGGAAUUUGUGUGUGAGAGAGAGAAAGAGAGGAGAGAAAAAAAAUCAGGGAAAAAAAAAAAAGCUCCAGAGCUCUUGACAGUCCCCUGAAAUCUUCCUCUCUCCCGGAUCAUGUACCAGGACUACUCCGGGAACUACGACACCUCGUCCCGCGGCAGCAGCACAUCUCCGGCCCAGCCAGAGUCCUUCACAAGCGGCAGCAGCACGAUCGGCAGUCCGAUCUCUACCUCAAACUACCAGAAGUACAGGGUUGACAUGCCUGGCUCCAACAGUGCCUUCAUCCCCACAAUCAAUGCAAUCACAACCAGCCAAGACCUGCAGUGGAUGGUGCAGCCGACCGUCAUCACCUCCAUGUCCAACCCGUACUCCCGCUCCCACCCGUACGGGCAUCACCUGACCAACGGGCCGGGGCUGCUGGCUCACAACACGCGCCGGCCCGGGGUCAUCCGCUCCACCGGCGACCUCAGACGCCGUAAGAGGGAGGAACAGCUGACCCCGGAGGAAGAGGAGAAAAGGAGGGUGAGGCGGGAGAGGAACAAGCUGGCCGCAGCCAAGUGCAGAAACCGCAGACGGGAGCUGACGGAGAUGCUGCAGGGGGAGACCGAGAAGCUGGAGGAGGAGAAGGCUGACCUGCAGAAGGAGAUCGAGAACCUGCAGAAGGAGAAAGACAAGCUAGAGUUCAUGCUGGUCGCCCACCCUGUGUGCAAGCUGCAUGAGGAGCGCCACCAUCAGUCCCAGUCCCAGCAGCAGCAGCAGCAGCAGCAUCGUGUUUGGGGAUUUAUCAGGCGGUACCUGAAGGCAGCAUUAGGCACGAGCCGUCCUCCGGCACGAGUCAGCUUGCGUCACGAGCCCCCGCCGCGCGGCCAGAAUCUUCCUCUCUCCCGGAUCAUGUACCAGGACUACUCCGGGAACUACGACACCUCGUCCCGCGGCAGCAGCACAUCUCCGGCCCAGCCAGAGUCCUUCACAAGCGGCAGCAGCACGAUCGGCAGUCCGAUCUCUACCUCAAACUACCAGAAGUACAGGGUUGACAUGCCUGGCUCCAACAGUGCCUUCAUCCCCACAAUCAAUGCAAUCACAACCAGCCAAGACCUGCAGUGGAUGGUGCAGCCGACCGUCAUCACCUCCAUGUCCAACCCGUACUCCCGCUCCCACCCGUACGGGCAUCACCUGACCAACGGGCCGGGGCUGCUGGCUCACAACACGCUGGCCCGGCCCGGGGUCAUCCGCUCCACCGGCGACCUCAGACGCCGUAAGAGGGAGGAACAGCUGACCCCGGAGGAAGAGGAGAAAAGGAGGGUGAGGCGGGAGAGGAACAAGCUGGCCGCAGCCAAGUGCAGAAACCGCAGACGGGAGCUGACGGAGAUGCUGCAGGGGGAGACCGAGAAGCUGGAGGAGGAGAAGGCCGACCUGCAGAAGGAGAUCGAGAACCUGCAGAAGGAGAAAGACAAGCUAGAGUUCAUGCUGGUCGCCCACAACCCUGUGUGCAAGCUGCCCAUGGAGGAGCGCCACCAGCAGUCCAGUCACCAGCAGCAGCAGCAGCAGCAGCAUCCGUGCAACCCGCUGCAGCUCACCAUGCGCCCCGGCAUGAACGCACGGGCUCAGAUGAACCAGGUAGUGGUGAAGCAGGAGCCCGAGGACAUGGAGGACGAGGUGGGCAAACCCCAGCGCUCCGUCAUCAAGCCCAUCUGCCUGGGGGGCGGCGGCGGCGUCGGCGGCGGGAUGUACUGCCCAGACGGAGACAGCCUAAACACGCCGGUGGUGGUGGCGUCCACCCCGGCAGCCACGGCAAACAACGCCCAAAACUUCAUAUUCACCUAUCCCAACGUGAUGGAGCCCGAGAGCCCCUCGCCCUCCUCCGAGUCCUGCUCCAAAGCCCACCGGCGCAGCAGCAGCAGCGGCGACCAGUCCUCCGACUCCCUCAACUCACCCACACUCCUGGCGCUCUGAGCUAGCCGGGUGGGGCGGGGCGGGCCGCCGAGGCCCCGACUGGGAAAGAAACACUGUGGUUGAAAACAACGAGGACAGACCUCCCCUCCAUCCCGAGACCGUCCGGUCUCUCUAAAGCACACUGAAAAAAGUCCAGACCAAGCUGAGCGCGUGAGCCGGUUCCCCCUCUGCGUGAGAGGGGAAGGGAGAGGGGACCCAUAAGGGCUACACCGCGUUUCUUCUUCUCCUUCAGCGUGAACAUUUUUGUAUCCAUCGACGCGUGUGCAGUCAUCCGCCAUCCCUUCGGCAUUUUCGACCCCCAGAGUGUUGAUUUACUUACUGACAUUACCGAAGAAAGGGAGGGGAAUAAAUAUAAAGAAAAAGAAGCAAAACACAGCCAUGUUGAUGUGACAUCAUCCAGAGAACGACUUGUUGAUCUAUUUUUUCUGAAAACACCUAAAAAGCCAUGCGGUUGACGCUCGCACUCUGCCGAUCAGUCGACAACAAAUCACCAAACGAGGUCAGCAUUCUGCUGGGAUUUCUGCAGAGGCGAAGACUAUCAUUUUAUUUUAUUUUUUAUUUUAUUUCUCUUUGACUCUUUUGACUCAAUUCAGGACAGAGGUCUCACUCUCUCAUAUUAUCUCCACCUCUCUCAGUGUAUUUAUGACCUGUGCUGAUUGAAUUUUUCUUGUCCUCCUUUAAAAAUCUGCGAGGGUGACCCGAGGGUGACCUCCUCCUCAGCAUUACAGAGAAUUUGAGCCAACUAGCUUCUCAAUACUUUCUCUUUUUUGCCAUAGUGGCUUGAAUUUGCAGUAGUAUUGUGUGCUUUGUUCCUCCUCGGUGAUUCUGUACCUGAACCCGUUUUUUUAUCAAUGUUUUUUUUGUUUUGUUUGUUUGUUGUUGUUUUUUUUUUUUUUUGGACAAAGUGUAUGUGAUUUACAUUGAUGUCAGGGAUUUUUUCUCUCACGUGUUUUAGUAGAACCCCUGUUGUGAAGAGUGGUUGUGGCAAAGGUGGUACUAAAAAAAAAAAAGAAAGGGGGUAAAAAAAAAGAAAAUUAUUUAAUUUCCUCACAACGAGUUGUUUUUCCAAAAAGACCAAAAACAACAACAAAAAAAAACUAAAAACCAAACCCUCCUCUGCUUCGUUCUCUAAAUAAACAUCCUUUUGUUCCGCCACUGCCUUCUCAGGGGCAGCGUGGGUUUCAAAAAGCCAAAUCUGCUUUUUCUCGGCACGUGUAAUCCCGUGUUCCAUCGGUCUCUGUCCAAAAUUUAAAAAAAAAGAGGAAUUUUUGGUCAACUUGAACAAAAGCCACGGUGGUCCAGACUGUUGCCAGCUGCCAAAUGAUGUCAACCCUGUUUAUAUAUAUAUAUAUACAUAAAUAUAUAUAUAAAUAUGUAUAGGUUAUAUGGUGUUUGUAAACCAGUCACUUUUAUGACGAUGUUUAAACUCCACUCAGAUGGGCUGAUUUCUGGGUGCAGGAGGUACUUUAGAUGGACGAGGAAAAGGAUGAAGAAGACUCUCUCUACAGCUGGUCUGACGUGAAAGAGCGAACACUUUGAAGAACUUCUUGUUCAUUAUUUGUACAUGUUAAAAGGGACGAGGGUUUGGGCUAUCAUGCACUGACAGAUCAGGCGAUAUUUACCUUUUAUUUUUUUGUUUACUUGAAACAUUCCAGAUAAUUUUAACGUCAAGAGGUUUGAAACCAACCCCCCCCCCCCCCCCUUCCCGUUCUAAUUAGAGGAGUUUAAGAUGCUUCUGAAUGCAGAAAGACUACAUUUGAUAACCAAUCCAAGCUGCUGUUACUUGUUUGGAGAGAACUCGUCUGCGGUUUUAAAUGUGAUUUUUUUUUAGUUUGGCUGGCUGUUUUGAAUCCAGCAGGUGUCUUUCAUUUUGGCUCGACAGCUUAAAGACACAAUCUGAGAACCAAAACCUUCUAAAUGUCUAUAUGUGAGAACGUUCUGGAGCUCAACCCUCAACACACGUAAUAAAAGCCAUUGACUGUAGAGGUUCUGCUGUACAUGUCAUCUGCUGUCUGUCGCCUGUUGAACUAUGAUUUCUUCUUCUUCUCUCCCCUCCCCCCACCCCAAAUGCUUUAACUGUUUAAAAUGAUUCAAAAUGAAUAAAAACAGCAAUAUGUAUAGCAGUGUUUGUUAAUUUAAAAGAGUAAUAAUAAAAUAAUUUUCUUCUUGCAA